AUGACCUCGGAAUUUGAUGAGUUUAGUCCUGAGCAGUGGAUCGAUUUGGUGAAAAGAAGACCUGAUGAAGUCCAAAAGACUUACCAUCACGAAAUCGAACACUUCAUCGCCCACUUUUUUGGAAUUUCUGGCAAAAAAGUAUGGAUGUGUGGGUUUGGAAGUGAAACUUUGGCCCAUAGUGACAUCUUGGAUUUUUAG